AUGCCUCUUAUCAACGAAUCACACGAUUCCCUCCCGUAUAUCGAUGCUGAGCCUACUGCUCGAGCUCGAGCGGAUGCGGAGAGGCUUAUAGCCGCCGAGCUGCCCUCCAAUUACUCGUCGUCAAUUCAUCCUUCCAUCCCCGCAUUCCCCGAGUCUCAGUUCUCCCCCCUCAUGCAGCAGGAGAUCGAGCGGAAGGCCGCGGGACUGCCGUUGGUCGGCGGCAUCGAUCUCUCGCGAUAUGAAGCCCCCGAGCCCCCUACACGAUCCUCGGAUGCGGGGUCGACACCGAAUCUAGAGGAGUGGCGCCAAACUUUGCAGAGGGCGUACACGGCCAGCUCCCAUUUGUCCAUGCGACACGAGAAUUUGGCGUUGCUCGAGGAGAACGGCAAGAACGCGUGGUUGAUAGGCAACUCGCAACUGGAGGAUAUUCUACGCGGCUUGGAAAAGGAAUUGGCCGAGACCAAAGAAGCUGCGGAGACGGUCAACAAAGAACGGAAACUCGCCCAGGAGGCUAGCAGAGGUGAGCUUGCGGGGCUGGAAGAAUCCUGGAGGAAAGGAGUGGGUGCGACUCUGGAUGUGGAACUGGCUGCGGAGUCCCUACGGAUGCAAAUCUUGGACCAGAGACGUCAGCUUGCACAGCAGCACAGCCGGUAA